UACCAUAUCUAUAUCCAUUUGUACAUUCUGCCUCUCCCUGUGGUUGGCUUGCUGAUCAUGGAGUCCCUUUCCAUGAUCCUCUCAUCAUCGUCUCCACCUCUUCUCCAAACCCACUCUAAACCCCUUAAAUCCGCCAUUGUCGUGCCCACCUCAAACUCCAAUCAUCUCCAAUUCCCCUCCCAAUUCAGAAAAUCAUCUCUUUCCUUUACCGCAAUUCACCUCUUCUCCCCUUGUCUCCCUUCCCUCGCCGCCGAAACCCCGGCCGACCAAGUCUCGGACAAAAUCAACCUGGAAUCCGUCCUAGUCUCCAUCGACGACUUCUUCACCCGCUACCCAUUCUUCGUCUCCGGUUGCUUGUUCAUUUGGUUGGUUGUUAUCCCUGUUGGUCAACAGUACUUGAGGAAGUACAGAUAUCUCUCUGCCAUUGAUGCGUUUCGGAAGCUCAGGGACAAUUCCGAAGUGCAGCUUCUGGAUAUCAGGGAUGAGAAGAAUGUGGAGAGUUUGGGUUCGCCUAAUCUGAAGAUUUUGAAUAAGAGCGUGGUUCAAGCUGAGUUUGUGAAGGAUGAGGACGAAGAUGGGUUUGUGAAGAAAGUGUUGGGGAAAUUUCCGGACCCGGAAAAUACAGUGGUUUGCAUUCUGGACAAGGUAGUGCUGAUGAUAAUUCAUUGAGAGCAGCGGAGUUGUUGGUAAAGAAUGGAUUCAAAGAGGCCUAUGCUAUAAAGGGUGGAGUCCGUGGCAAGAAAGGAUGGGUGGCUAUUCAGAAAACAAUGUUGCCGCCUUCUGUUGGUAUGUUCAGCAAGAACAAGGCUAGCAGAACCUCGGUCAAUGAUAGCAAUGGUGCUGCCGCUGCUGCUUCAGUUUCUCCAAAUCAGAAAGAGGGGAAUGGCCGUUUACCUGUGAAAGCUGCAUCGAGUACAAGAGUAGAUUCUAGGUCUCCCUAUCCCAAUUAUCCAGAUUUGAAGCCACCGUCUUCCCCAAUUCCUUCAAAACCAGGCAAUUGAGGCUGCAAGUCCAUUACAUCUUUGGAGGCAGCAAACAUUUUCUUUCUUCCCACUUUUCCUUCUCCAGUGUAGUGUAAACGAAUUGCUUGGUUGUUCAUUCAUUUGUGAGAAAGUUGACAACUUGGUGGUUCUUUUUUGUAUCAUA